UUGGUGGGUGGUGGUACCACCGAUAGCAGCCGAGGGUACACAAGGGUGACACGACUGCCAGGUAGGUAGCCUCCUAUCAUUAUAGAAGCAGGCGCACCAAGGGUUGCGCAGUAAGUUUAACUCGCGUGUAUUCCUCCUGUCGAGCCGACCGCUCGAGUGCCGCAGGAUCUCUGGAUUGUAAAGCUCCUAUUUUAAACAUUCUUAAGGUAGUUAAGCAGUACGGUUUACCAAGCUUUAUUAAGCUUCAUACGCACAUUUAUAACGAAAUUAUCAAGGGAAGUGUGUGAAUAGUUGGAAUAUUAGUAAUUUCAGAAACUAAAGGACACGUGUAUAUACUUGUACGACACACGAGGAUUAAAGAAGGAUCAUUGUUUUCAUGUAUCAACUUGGAAUUUCAAAAGUGAAACAAAGAGUGAAUUACCAGAUUUUAUAGCUAACUCCGAGAUAAUAUUUUUUAUCAAUAAAUUUUUACAUUUGUCGAUACUGCAGAAUACUCUUUGCAACAGGUCAAUAUAACUCAGCAAAACAAUAUCAGCAAGUAGUAGGUACACGUGGCAAAAGAUUGCCUGAGCUGCACAUUAAACCCUGUUAGACAGGGCAUGGUCGUAAGGGAGACUACGGGGCGAUGACGCUCUAUCACCGUCCGCCAUCAUCACCACGAGUCCCUCAGGACUCGACCAACAUCCUGAUCCUAUACCCGAUCCCAUUAUCAAUUCAUUCUACAACUACUUUGCGCUAUCGGAAUUCAAGAAACAGCACGAUAGAUCCAAUUACUCUGGCGAGGAGGCAUGAAAGAUCGCCCUCGUCAUCACGAACAAGGGAUGCCCUUGGAAGAAGUGCAAGGAUUGCUUCCACCAUCCUCCAAAACAGGUAACCGGGGUCCAUUGAACGUCACAAUUGUCCAAGUAGGCGGCGGAAAUGGAAGCAGCAAAGGAAGUGAGUUUCUCGGAUUGGAAGCACCACCUGAAUUGAAACCAGCUCCAUCACCACUGUCCGAGACUAGUGCAACUUUGCAAUCUGACAACAACGAUACAUUCACAGGAGGUGUAGAUCCACGCUUGCUGCUGGGUAAUGUUUCAAGCGGGAUUUCAGUCAGUGGUGAUCGCAAUACAUGGGAAGGGCGAUAUCAUGUGAAGGAGCAUCGGAGAGCUGGAAAAGCUACUUUCCAAGGUCAAGUGUAUAAUUUUCUGGAACGACCCACUGGCUGGAAGUGCUUCCUGUACCACUUUUCUGUGUAA